CUGCCUUCAGAGAUUAACCUUUAUGCGCCGUGGCCGUGCGCACAAAUGUACUGAGAGGGCGGAGCACAAAGCAUAAUGAUUGAAGUUUGAUCGAUGAAUGAAAUUUUGCUUCUGUCUUCCUUUCAAACAAUUUGUAAAACUGGCUUAAUUUUGUAAAAAAAAAAAUGGAGGACAAUAGCGACGGUGAAUGUUUCCGGUCCGUAAGCCAUGCUGAGAAAACGUUUAAAAAGAUGGAAGACUAUUUACACAACAAGCAAUUGACUGAUGUGAUACUAGUUGCAGGUGAUAUGAAAAUCCCUGCACACCGUCUUGUUCUUAGCGCAGUCUCUGAUUACUUUGCUGCUAUGUUUACUAACGAUGUCAGGGAAGCAAGGGAAGAAGAAAUUGAACUUCAUGGAGUUGACCCCGAAGCUUUGAGAUCUCUCAUCAAAUAUUCUUAUACCGGUCGACUCGAUUUAAAAGAAGAAACUGUAGAAAGUUUAUUAUCUACUGCUUGUAUAUUACAAUUAUCGGAGGUAGUUGAAGCUUGCUGUGGUUUUCUUAUGAAACAGUUACAUCCCUCAAAUUGUCUUGGAAUACGUUCGUUUGCAGAUACCCAAGGAUGUAGCAAUUUGUUAAAAGUUGCUAAUAAUUAUACAACGGAACAUUUUGUUGAAGUGACACAAAAUCAAGAAUUCCAUAUAUUAUCCGUAGAAGAAGUAUGUGAAUUAUUUUCCAGUGAUGACUUGAAUAUAUCGAGUGAAGAGAUGAUGUAUUAUGCUAUGCUUACAUGGGUUAAUCAUGAUUUAAGUAGCAGAAAAAAAGAUUUAGCUAAAUUAAUGCAGCAUGUUAGAUUACCAUUACUUACACCACAGUUUUUAUCUGAUCAUGUUGAUACAAAUGUGCUGUUCAAAGGUGAUGACCAGUGUCAACGACUGAUAGUAGAAGCUCUUAAAUAUCAUUUACUGCCUGAACGAAGAGCCUCAUUGCAGUGUCAACGAACUAAACCACGGAAAUCUACAGUGGGCUCACUUUAUGCCGUAGGUGGCAUGGAUAAUACUAAAGGUGCUACAAGUAUAGAGAAAUAUGAUUUGAGGACAAAUAGCUGGACACAAGUUGCCAAUAUGUGUGGAAGAAGACUUCAGUUUGGUGUAGCUGUAUUAGAUGAUAAGCUUUAUGUUGUUGGUGGACGGGAUGGUUUGAAGACUCUCAACACAGUAGAGUGUUAUAAUCCAAAAACUAAAAGCUGGACAAUGAUGCCAGCAAUGUCAACACAUAGACAUGGCCUUGGUGUUGGUGUUUUGGAAGGGCCUAUGUAUGCAGUAGGGGGUCAUGACGGAUGGAGUUACUUAGCAACGGUGGAAAGAUGGGAUCCUCAGAGCAGACAGUGGAGUUUUGUAUCACCGAUGUCUAUGCCAAGGAGUACUGUUGGAGUGACUGUUAUGAAUGGAAAGCUAUAUGCUGUGGGUGGCAGAGAUGGUAGUUCAUGUCUGCGUUCUGUCGAAAGUUAUGAUCCACAUACUAAUAAAUGGAGCACAUGUGCACCUAUGUCUAAAAGAAGAGGUGGAGUAGGUGUAACUGUUUGUAAUGGUUGUUUGUAUGCGAUAGGUGGACAUGAUGCUCCAGCAAGUCAACAAACAUCAAGGCAGUUUGACUGUGUAGAGAGGUAUGAUCCAAGAUCUGAUACGUGGACCACGGUUGCUGCAAUGAAUAUUUGUAGAGAUGCCGUAGGUGUGGCAGUCCUUGGUGAUAAAUUAUAUGCAAUUGGUGGAUAUGAUGGAUCAACUUACCUUAAUGCUGUGGAAUGCUACGAUUCACAAACCAAUGAAUGGACUAUGAUGGCACCGUUAUGUACAGGGCGAGCUGGAGCAUGUGUUGUACAAGUACCAGACCUUACAUCACAUCAUCACCAAGUCCACAUUUAGCAACUUUUAAAGAGACAUGACUUCGCCUUC